GCGCAGAAAUGUCGACGUUUAAAGAUGAAGAUUUUGCUUGAGAUAUGUGGUUUGAGAGUGUUUAUUGAGCUAAAAAAUAACAUUGUAUACUAAUAUAUAUAAAGAAGUAUCUUUAGCAGCACUACAUUAACAUUUAGUGCGCAUAUGCAAGGUUUGGUAAGUUUCUAUGAAAUAAUACGGAAAUAACGCAAGGGAGCUGGUUAACUUCGUAUGAAGCUGUGGGCUGUCAUCUUGGUGAAGCACUAUCCCGAAUUAGAAGGUAUUAUUUGGCUAUCUUUUCUGCUGUUUGGAGUAUGCCCACGAGUUGCGCUGCAUACGGCUGCACUAACAUCAGGACUAAGGACUGCGGUGUGAGUUUUCACAGAUUCCCAUUGAACAAGGAGAGGAGGACUGCAUGGAUUCGACAUGUCAGGAGGGCUGAUUUCAUUCCUUCUCUUUACACAUUUCUCUGCUCCAAUCACUUCGAGGCAUCAUGCUUUGACCGAACGGGCCAAACUGUGAGGUUGAGAGAAGAUGCUGUGCCCACAAUCUUUGAUUUCCCAGGACAGAAACACAAAAAGGCGUCCAGUCCUCGGGAGACUGCCACCAGCAGAAAAGCACUGGCCCCCAUCUCCACCCCUCUUGAGCAGCCAGCCCAGCCUGUCAAUGUGUACGAAGACCACAGCUACUGUCUGGUCAGCCUCUCGGCGGCCAAAGAGAAGAUCUCAGACCUCAAGGAGCAGCUGGAGGCAGCCAGGAAGAAGCUGAAAGCCAGCCAGCAGCGGGAGCGCAGGCUGGGCAUGCGCUGGGCGGAGAUGAGAGACUUGAUGACGUGCCUGAAGAGAAAGAAACUCGUACCGUCUGGUUUGGCUUCAGAUGUUAUAGAUAGCACCCUGGGUGGCAUGGAUUUAAAAGCCCUAAAGAAAGAAAUGAGGAUUCAAUCCAGGACCCUUCACCGCCGCUACUACAGCUUUGAGUCCAGGCACUUUUGCCUCACCUUGCACUUACAUGCCCCAGAGGCUUACAAAUAUGUAGAACAGCACCUGGAUCUGCCCCACCCCAGUGUGCUGAGGGAGUGGGCAGAUGUGUCAGCUGGCCAUCCUUUCAAAGAGGAACUCUUCAAGUGGCUCAGCGGGUACUCCCUGCAGGACACAGAGUUUUACCUCCGCAUCAAUGGUGGGACUGUUCAGGCAGAUCUGGACUGGGACAGCUCUAAUGAGGAAGAUUUUGAGUUGGGGGACCCAUUGGGGGGUACCCCCAAGGACUCUGCUGCAAGUGAAGCUUUGGUUUUCCUGCUGGUCACUGUAAAUGGAAACUUGAAAUUGCCCCUUGCGUACUCAUUAAGCAAUAACUUGUCAGGAGAUGCUUUAAAAGACUUAGUUCACCAGUGUCUGGCAAAACUCUACGACUUUGGGGUGUGUAUAAGGGAGGUCACUUUUGAUGACAUUUCCACUAACAUCUUUAACAGCAAAGUUGCUAAGGAUGAACUGUAUUCGUUGCUGUUUAAUUUCAUUCUUUCACACGCAGCUGAAUCCGCGCUGUAACAGUGUGUGGUGGAAAUAAAUGGCGUGUACAUACAGGAGGCAAUCUAAAGACACCAGUUAACCCGGAAAGCAUGUCUUUGGAUUGUGGUGAAAGCGUUAGCACCCCACAAAAAUCCACAGGGGCACAGAGGAAGCAUUUAAAAACACCACCCCAGGCUGGAAUCGAACACAUGCCAUUUGCAAACCACAAAAAUGAAUGCGAAUUAAUUGUAACUGUUGUCUAAUAAUAACAGGCCUGUGUUUCAGUUAUUAAAAUACAACAUCCACCAUUUGCUCUGUUUGUUUGGUCCUGUCACCUGGAGGUGAUACUCGGUUCUCUUUUAUGAGCCUGUCUUCUUCCAGCAUUGUCAAGGCAGACGCACCAGAGGAAGGCAGCAGAAGCAUUUCAAUGAGACGGUGAAAGCAAACCUGAAGAAAUGCAACAUUGAUACCACCUCUUGGUAGCCCUCCUGUUGCCCUUGACUGGUUCAAAUAGAGGGAGCCCAUCUGGAAAAGAGCCCGACACUUUGAGAUCAAAGUGAUGUCAAAAUGAGGAAUUGAGCUGAGAGUGCCGAAGAGAGCUCACUGUGACUAGACUGCCCAUUACACGAUUUAAUAUAUUGUGAGACCUGCUCAGACUGCCAGUGUGAUCCUGUUUUGGCCUGAUCAUAAUCUUUGGAUUUAAGGACCAUGAAAGAUAAACAAUGACCAAAUGUAUCACUAUAGUCUUAUUUUUAUAUUACUAUUUGUUCAGUAAUACCCUUUGUGCUAAAACCAAGAUACCUUAUAUGUGUGUUUCAACACACAGCACAAAUCCGAAUAACUCACAUUUCUGACUAUUCCUGACCUACUUCAACCAUAGCAACUGUACCACUUCUGAAAAACAGAAAUCGUGUUGACUAUUUGGAUUUGUAAAACUUGAAGAAAGGAAACUUGCAAGGUUUUACUUUGGCAUGAUGAUUUUAACAGAUGAUUUUAGCAUUUGGGUGACACGGUGGUGCAGUGAUGAACAUUGCUACUUCUCAGCACUGAGGACCUGGGUUAAAUUCCUCUGGUACUACCUGUGUGGAGUUUGUAUUUUGUCCCCAUGUUUUCAUGGGUUUCCUUCCCACAGUUCGAAUACAUUCCAAUACAUUCAUUGGAUUCCGGGAAAAUGUGUCCUGGUGUGUUUGUGUCUGUAUGGCUGCUUGCAAUGGACUUGUACACAAAUGUCAGCCUGCUACCCUGUGACAACUACAGUGUGUGAAGACAAACAGAAACAUACAGUAGUUUUCCUUUUUAAACAACUUGAAUUAAAGAAUAGGAAUAGGAAAGAACUUCACCUUUCUAACUGAGAGAAGUAAGAUGUUGAAUUUGAAAGAGUUUUUCCGAAAGUUAGAAGGAAUUCCACAUCUUGCCAGUAAGGUACAUGUUGAGCUUUCCUCGCUUUAAGGCUCUGGAAUGGUUUGAGUUAGAGAGCCUUUGAGUUUGAGUGCCUGUUGUUUCCUUCAUUAUGUUAUAACCCACAAGGUUUUUCUAGCUCCACUAAGUCUUCUGUGUGAAGAACUUUACUGGAUGAAGUCUAGCUUUGAUUGUACAAUACAACAAUUGGAUAGAAGAUUAUUCUUAGAUUUCUCUGCUGUAGUGCAACAGUAACAUUCACACCAAAACCAAUCUGACAUAUUUGUUAAAAUUAGUUAUGAUAACUUUUCUUUCUUACUUUUGGAGGAAAAAAAAAACAAUAAAUGUGUUAUUUUGUAAAAAAAGUGUUUUUAAAACUAUUUGCAUACUUUUUGUUUAAGUAUUAAGGUAUUAAGUAUUUUUCCUCACUUUAUUAUUAGGUUUUUGAAUUCAGAGAUCUGAAAAUAUUUUUUCCCAGGCACAAUGUUGUCCAGUUAACUGAACUAAUAACUAGCUUAUGUAAUGAGCAGAAUUAGACUGUUAAAGAGCUGAGUCAAAUUGAAAACCUGCAGAGCCAUCAAGAUUCUCACAAGAUUCCUGGUCUGCACUGUUAUGUUCAAGUAUGCAUCAUGCCUACACAGUAGGACUCAUAUCAGGUAGGUAUGAUUCUGGCAUGAAUAAACUUUGCGUGUGA